AUGUCUAUUGCAUGCAGUACAUCCUAUACCUCUGGACCAGAACAGAGACACCCCCCACCCCCUUCCAUUAUACUGAUACAGUGUCUCUCCACCCUCCCAGCAGAGGAAAGGAGAGGGAAUGAAGAUCCCACGAGGUUUAAGGAUGCUGACUCUGUGCCAGAAACCCAGCCCGUGUUAUCUGCAAGAGGGCGGGGUAACCUAAUGCAGCACUGGCAGAAACACUUCAUACACCCCGGGAUCCCGCAGACUGCGGAGCUGCUGCGCAAGCGCCCAGGUCUGCACCGUGCUUUAUCUGUGCAACAGCGCCACCCAGCGGCAGAGACGGAUCAAAGCCAAAAAGGUGUGCGAUUAAAAAAAGAAACCGAACGUUCUGCUUCAGCAAGGCAGUGCUCUGUUGUCAUGGCAACGAAGUCUCAUAUAGACAAGGACGCUUUGAUGGUGGAGGAAUCAGAGUUCAGUGUUUAA